GAAGGUAGACCUAAUAGCUAGUGACUUCAGAAUAGAAGCUCCAUUCUCAUGGAGAGCAAUUAGUCUGUCUCUGAUCCCAGCGUGGAGAGUUUACGGGUGGACUGAUGCCACAAGACCGCAGCGCGGUCCAGUUAUAGUCAUGCCACCUUAAUAGGAUUAUAUUUUUAGAAUGUUGUACAUCACGUCAUCGGCUAUUCUUUUUUUUUUCUAUAUUAGAUGUGUAUGUUUAGGCUUGCAUGGUGUUUUAUUUGUGGACUGGUACCCGUUUCAACUGACUCGUAUGGCCGCAAGCGCCAAGCACGUGAUCUUUGUUUUGUGAAGCGUCGUGACGUCACCCGUGCGACACAGGAAGUGAUAGUUUCAUACCAAAACAACCAGGAGAAUCUGCUUAUUUUACGUCAUUUUUUAAAGAAGUAGAAAUGGGAGUAAAAGGUCUCCAGUCUUUCAUGGAACUCUGCUGUCCAGAAUCCUGCAUAACUGUCAACCUGAGAGAGAUGGUCAGACAUGUUCCCAAAACAUCUGACAACACUUCCAGUCCCACACUCGUCGUUGAUGGGAUGGCCUGCCUGCGCCACUGGUACUGGUGUAAAGACUGGGUGUGUGGGGGUCAGUGGAACGAGUACAUGAGCAUCCUCAGGCGCUGGGUGGAAACGUUCACGUCUGUUGGAAUUCAUCUCGUUUUCUUCUUUGAUGGCUUGGUUGAGGAGAAGAAGAGGCAUGAGUGGGUGAAGCGAAGACGAAGAGUAAACGGGGAGGUGUCUAAAAUAUUCCAUUACAUUAAGUCACAUGGCCAACAACCAGGCAAAAAUCUCUUCACUCUGCCUUCUGGCUUGGCCACAUUCACAUGCUUUGCCCUCAGGGCAUUAGGUCAGGAAGUAUUUUGCUCAGUGCAGGAGGCUGACUAUGAAAUUGCCUGUUACGCCCGUCGCCAUGGCUGCAUGGGGAUUUUGGGACAGGACUCAGACUUCAUCAUAUAUGACAGUGUUCCUUACUUGUCAGUGGCAAAACUGCAAUUAAACCGCCUCACCACCGUCCUCUACGACCGAGAGAGGCUUUGCCGAGCCAUUGGAUUGGAUGUUUCCCAGUUACCACUCCUGGCCUGUCUCCUUGGUAACGAUGUGGUACCAGAGGUGAGCAUGCAGGCUGUCAGGAACAAGGCUAUGGCAGCAUACAGGAAUCCGUAUGACACAGCCCACUCUGGAGCUCCCCAGGGGGACUUGGUGUUAGCUGUAUCCCAGUUCAUCAGCUCUUUGUGGGCCGGAGAAGAGGAUAAGAGUGGGCUCAUCCCUCGGAGUCUGCAACUUCCAGUUGCACACAGACAACUCUUGGAAAAAGGGAUUUGCUCCUAUUUACUGUCUGAACCGGAAGCUUCUCAGCGGCAUCCCCUCCCCCCUGUAACUUCCACCUUUGAAAAACGCGUCAGUCCAGAAAUAUUAAAGGCUUGUGUAGAAAAGCACGUGUCAGCAGAGGGUUUCAUGGUUUACAAUGUCGUGUGUGAAGGAGUGAUUGAUUGUAGCAAUAGUCUGGAGGAUGAGGAGGAUCAUGAACUGCUGCCACAGGCAGUUGCAUAUAAGUCCUGCAGGCAACGCAUCUACGGUUUGCUACUGCUCAACAAUCAUGAUGAGAGCACCGUGGAACCUCCUGUCAUCAGAGAGUGGUUUGUCUAUCCAGGCAACCCUUUGACGGAGCCAGACAUGGUCCUCCCAAUCCCUAUCUGUGUCCCAUGUGAACAGCCCAAUCUGGACAUGCUGUGGUUCGGGUCUGGGCCUGACGUUUCCGCCCUUCGUCUGAUGAGCUUUUUUUCAAUAUUUGACUGCCAGGAACUUGUAGAGUUACAUGGAGUUGUUGAAAACUUUCUCCUGGCUGCUGUUUGUCUGGUCACCUACAUCACCCUCAAGGUACCAUCUUUAUCUUCAGAGGAUGUGGACGCUUACCUGAGUCAGGCUGUGUGUCUGAGGCUAAAAUCUCUGGAGGAGCUUCAACAGAUAAAGCUGCCAUUCCUCAGCAGUCGAGCGGUCCAACUGGGCUCUCUUUACGUCCGGGGACUGAGCUACCUGCUGGGGGCCAACUGUGCCAGUGGCUGCCCGCUACCCAACACUGCCCUCAUGCCAUGGCAAAGCUUCGAUGGACAGCUCUUUCACUCGAAGUACCUCCUGGCACAUGGCGGCACUGAGCAAACGGUGCUUCUGGACAACCUUCCGUCCAGUCUGGCCUUGUUUCUCCAGCUGAGAGAAAAACUUGUUGAAGUUUGCAUGAAGAGGAAAAGAGUCUUGCAAUCGCGUCCCAGACCUGGUAUGCCUGAAAGAAGUCAUAGUACCCGAUACAGAGACGGACACACAGAUGGGGUCGACAACUGGUGUGAGAGGGGCGAGACGUCAGGUGGAUGGAGAAGGGGGAGUGGACAGCGCAGUGGUGGAAACAACAAAGUCAAACUACAGGAGGGACCUGGACAGAGAGGAAGAGGAGGAGGAGGACGAGGAGGCCAAUAUUCCCACCCUCGCUUUCAUCCUCCCUCUUUGGAUGCCGGUGGUCAGAACUUGAGCUCUUUGUCAGAGCGUAGCCGGGGUGGAUGGCGUCCCAGGAGAGGGCGAUACCAGCUGGCUCCCAGAUGGUGUCAGCCACCUGCUCCUGGAACGUAACUCCACCCUGACGACGAGGAGAGGGGCACCGGAUUAGAGCACAGGACUCAAAGAGUUAAGAGGGUAGGAAAGUGCUGAUGAAAGGAAUCACGGAAUCAAGUUUCUCUGGACAAACUGAUUAGCAGUCCAGAAUGUUUGUCAGAAGGAUGUUGGAGGUGAAAAUAGGGGGAUUAAGAUUUGAUUAAGAAGUGUUCAACAAAUGAACAACUUUUGAACACAGGACUUUUUUUAAGGAAAUGAAAAAAAUCUGGUGGCAUCUUCUGUCACUGUUCAUACUUUCUGUGACAGAAAACAAAAUAGAACACAAGUAUGAAGAAACAAAUAAAUCCAUUUGUAACACA